AUGGCAUCAGCUGUGGAGCCUAGGCGUAAAAAAGCGCAUCUAAUUGUGCCAAGAGAUGUAGAUCCGUUUGCCUACUGGCCUAAGCCGAGCUUGAACUUUGACGAGAACUUCCUCCAUAUCAGUCCACCUCCAGUUUACGAUGAGAAGCUGCCAAUUAAGCCUCUGAAGGUGAUCUUUGUUGGGGCUGGAGUUGGUGGCAUCAAUUUCGCAAUCAUGUCGCAGUACAGGCUAAAGAAUGUGGAUCUAGUUAUAUAUGAGAAGAAUGAAACUUUUGGAGGCACAUGGUGGGAAAACAAGUAUCCCAACUGUCGAUGUGACGUACCUUCCCACUACUACUCGUGGAGAUUCAUGAUUAACGAAUGGUCCAUGGGAUAUAGUGGCAGUGACGAGAUCUGGGAGUACGUACGAGAGGUGGUAGAAGAGUAUGGCGUCGAGAAAAUGGUCACCUUCAACUCUCGCGUCUUAUCUGCUACAUGGAAUGAAGCCACCGCCAAGUGGCACGUUUCAACGGACGUUGCUGGAACAGUAAAGAACGAGACCUGUGAUAUCUUUGUCAAUGGGCAAGGAUUUUUGAACCGUCCCAAAUUACCAGAUAUUCCGGGUGUAGAGAGCUUUGCUGGCCAGUUUUUGCAUACUGCGAAAUGGGAUCGAAGCUAUGAUUACUCAAACAAGGCCGUCGCCAUCAUUGGAACUGGCAGUAGCGGGCUUCAAACGAUUUCGGGGGUCGUAGACAAGGUCAAGCGCUUGGAUGUCUACAUGCGUACUCCCUCUUACAUUGCUCGAUUCAUGGUACCGGAAUACUUUAAUGAUGAUAUGCAGAAGCAGUAUCUCAACCCUGAUUUUUACCGUGACUACUGGAAACGAGCAUGGAAUGGAGGAGAGCGAACAUGGGUCCUAAACUGGCAAGGCUCUGAACUCCAAACACGUGUACAAAAGAUGUGUCUUGACCGACUGGACGAAGAAGUAAAAGAUCCUGUGCUGAAGGCUAAAUUGACACCAAAGUAUGGCAUUCAAAAGAAACACGUGAAUGUAAUCACAGACCCAAUCAUCCGUGUCACUCCAAAGGGCGUCGUAGUCAAGGAUGAAGCAGGAAAUGAGAUCGAGCGUGAGAUUGAAGUGUUGAUAUGUGCAACUGGAUAUGAAAACACAUAUGUACCACACAUCAAGAUCACCGGUCUGAACGGAGUAUCGAUGCAAGAGAAAUGGAAGUAUAUGGCUAAAGGAUACAAGAGUGUAGCUUGUGCAGAAUUCCCAAACUAUUUCGUCAUGAUGGGUCCUAAUUCUUGUGCUGCCGCUAACUCGAUUCAUAUCCAUCUGGAAGCUUACGCAAACUAUAUCAACCAAGUGAUUGUGAAACUCCAACAAUCGGAUAUCAAGUACCUGCAUCCAAAACAAUCUGUUCAAGACGAAUGGAAUAUUGAAGCGCAGCAUGUCCUGCAACGCACAGUAUGGGGAUCUCAGAACCAGUGUGGGGGUUGGUACAAGAGGGGUGAUCAUGUCAUUGCCCAUUGGCCAGGACCUGGUAACUCCUUAAACGAUGCUCUGUUCAAGCCUAUCUACUCUGAAUAUGACAUCACGUAUUGGAAUCAAGACCAACAACAAGCUGCCGCCCGACUCUAG